AUGUCUGAGCGAACGAACCAAAUUCUUGCAGCCGUUUCAACACAGAGCCUGAUUGCGGGCCAACGCGUGAGCAGCGGCGCAAGCUUCGUCGUCCGAAACCGUUACUCGGGAGACGCCAUCGCUCAAGUUGAUCAAACAUCAAGGGAGCACAUUCAAAACGCAGUGGGCGUGGCGCGUGCUCAUUUGAAGAAGGUCCCAGAUGGGUACAAGCGCUCUCGCAUAUUGCGCAGGGCAGCAGAGAUCAUUCAAACGCGAAGACAGGAUUUCGUAGAGAUCAUGAUGCUGGAGGCGGGGUUCACUACCGCAGAGGCAGCCGGCGAGAUUGCCCGUGGACUGGAUACGCUGGAAAUCUCGGCAGAAGAGGCGAAACGCAUUUCCGGAGAAAUGAUCCCCAUGGAAGGCAAUCCGGAUCAAGGGAAUCGCAUCGGCUUCACUAUUCGCACGCCAGUUGGCGUGGUGUGCGCAAUUACGCCCUUCAAUGCGCCAUUCAAUGCGCUGCUGCACAAAAUUGCCCCUGCCAUCGCGGCGGGCAAUGCGGUCAUCCUCAAGCCCUCUGGCUUCACGCCACUGACCGCCAGUCUGAUUUGUGACGUUCUUCUGGAAGCGGGCUGGCCUAGCGAGCUACUGGCACUGGUACAUGGUGAAGGCGCAGAAGCAGGUGAAUGGUUGCUGGAAGAGCAAGGGAUCGAUUUCUAUACCUUUACCGGCAGCACCCGAGUUGGCCGAAUCAUCCAGCAAAAAGCCGGGCGUCGGCGCACUCAGCUUGAACUUGGCAGCAUUGCCUGUACGGUGAUCUGCGCGGAUGCGGAUGUGGACAUGGCCUUACCGCGAAUUAUGCGAGCGACCUUCCGCAAGGCCGGACAGGUUUGCACCUCGAUUCAGCGACUCUACGUGGCGCGUUCACGCCUUGAAGAAGUCACUGCCCGGCUAGAGCGGGCCACUCGUGCACUGAAGUGUGGGGACCCUAGCAAAGCAGAUACCGACGUGGGGCCGCUGAUCGCGGAGAAAGAAGCGAUCCGCGCUGAAUCAUGGAUUCAAGAGGCAACCGCGUCGGGCGCAACAUUGGUCACCGGCGGAAAGCGUGAAGGCUCCGUGCUCGAACCGACGAUCCUGACGGACGUGCGGCCUGGAAUGAAAGUUGUCGACCAAGAAAUUUUUGCUCCGGUCGUCACACUGAUGCCAUUUGACACUAUCUCCGAGGUGAUCGAAAGCAUCAACUCUACGCCCUAUGGCCUCGCGACCGGUGUCUUCACUAAUGACGUCAACACCGCCUUCUACAUGGCUCGCAACCUCCGUGUCGGUGGAUUGCACGUGAACGAAACAUCCAGUUCACGCAAUGACGGUAUGCCCUACGGCGGCGUGAAGGACAGCGGCUAUGGCUUUGAAGGUCCCAAGUACGCCGUUCGCGACAUGACUGACGAAAAAGUUGUGACCUUCUCACUGAGCGAUCCCAGCUGA